AAAAGUGUGUACGUGUUGUGAGUACUUGUGCAUGCGUUUACGUAUUUGUGUGUUUUACAUUGUUGCACUGAAUUGUAGUUUAAACAUGUAUAAAUAGUUUAGGCAAGGAAAAACUGAAUUACAGGAGAGAUUUCUUUUCUUUACUGUGGCUACAUUAGGACCCUGGAGAAUCUUCCACAGUAACCCGCAGGGUAUUCAUUUCCAGAAACCACCUCUAGAAACCACUCCCCGCUGGCCUGGGUAUCUCAAGUGUCCGUGGCAACCGUCCUGCCUUGCUGCCGCUGCGCUGGGAGAGAACCAAAGAGCCUGCACCCCCAACCUCCGCGCCCGCUUCUGGGGUCCAUGGCUGGGCCCUCAGCGGAGAGAUAGCCCUUUUUCCCGAUGCUUGGACGCAAAGGAGGCGACGAUCCGUUGGCACCAUGAACGACAGGUUCCACAGAGCGGCCCGGGACGGCUACCUGGACCUGCUGAAGGAGGCCACCAGGAAAGAACUGAACGCACCGGAUGAGGAUGGGAUGACACCCACACUGUGGGUCGCCUACCACGGCAACCUGGAAGCGCUGCGGCUCAUAGUGGCCAGGGGGGGCGACCCGGACAAGUGUGAUAUCUGGGGGAACACUCCUUUACACCUGGCAGCUGCAAACGGGCACCUCAACUGCCUUUCCUUCCUGGUGUCGUUCGGGGCCAACGUCUGGUGUCUGGACAAUGACUACCACACGCCGCUGGACAUGGCGGCCAUGAAGAGCCACAUGGAGUGUGUGCGCUACCUGGACUCCAUCGCUGCCAAACAGACAGGGCUGAACCCCAAGCUGGUGAGCAAGCUGAAGGACCGGGCGUUCCGCGACGCUGAGCGGCGCAUCAAGAACUGCGUGAAGCUCCAGAGGAAACACCACCAGCGCAUGGAGAAGAAGUACCACAAGGAGGCUUCGGAUGCCUCGGAUGCCAUGAGCUUCUCCAGCUACUCCAGCAGCACCCUGAGCCGCAACCUCCACCACCUCAACAUGGUGAGCUCUUCCUCCAUGCCAUACUCCCAGGCCACCCUCCACGCCACUGCCAAGGGCAAGACCAAGAUCCAGAAGAAGCUGGAUAAGAAGAAGCAAGUGGACGGGACCUUCAAGAUCUAUGAGGACGGCCGCAAGAGCGUACGCUCGCUGUCUGGCCUGCAGCUGGGGAACGACGUCAUGUUUGUCAAGCAGGGGACCUACGCCAGCCCCAAGGACAGGAUGCGACGUAACAUCAGGGACAUGUUCCCCAAUGAUGAGGAUGCUGUCUCGCGUGCCAUAAGCGACCCUGGGAUGCACCUAGACUCUGCCUACUCGGAGGUCAGCACAGACUCUGGGCACGACUCUCUCUUCAACCGGCCAGGGCUGGGCACCAUGGUGUUCCGGCGGAACUACGUCAGUGGUGGGUUGUUCGGUAUCGGCCAGGACAGCACCAGCGUGGGAGACAGCGAGCUGGAGGCCAGGAUGGGCAACGUGCGCAUGCGUAGCCGCCUGCAGCGCUCGCCCAGCCUCAACGACAGCAUCGGGAGCGCCAACAGCCUGCAGGAACGCAACCUGGAGCAGUUGCCCUGGGACGAGAUGGAGCUGGGCCUCAACGAUGAUGAUGAGCCUGAAACCAGCCCCCUAGAGACCUUCCUGGCCACCCACAGCAUGUCAGAGUUCAUCCCCAUCUUCAAGAAGGAGAAGAUUGACCUUGAGGCGCUUCUGCUGUGCUCCGACAACGACCUCAAGAGCAUCAACAUCCCGCUGGGACCCCGCAAGAAGAUCCUGGAUGCUUGCAAGCGUAGAAGAGCAACUAUGGAGGACCCCAAGAGGAUCGAAGACACCGAACUAUAACAACACAGAAACUCGUCAGUGGGAGACAGAGAAAGGAAAAAAAAAGUUGCCAGACAAAAUAUAAAUCAGCAGAUUUGUUGUUUGGCUUUUUAUUAAAUUUUUUUGCCAAGGACUGUUCUGCAAAUCGUUUAGGGG